CCACCUGUCUUGGUUGCGUAAGACUAAGUCUCGCACAUGCUACGUUCGAUUGCAUAAACUUCAAAAAUCGUUUUGAGACAAAUCUCAUGAUAUAAAUGAUCGGAUGGUGAAAUGUCGUACUGCAGAGAGGAAGGCAAAGACAAGCUCAUUUUUGUGACUGAAGAAGAUCACUCGACUCCUAGUAAAAUCGUCCUUCCUGAUGAAGACGACGAUGAAUACGAGGGAUUGAUCAAAGCAAGUGGAGAAAUCAACUGGGAUUGUCCCUGUUUACAGGGAAUGGCAUACGGUCCAUGCGGCGAUGAAUUCAAGUCUGCAUUUUCGUGUUUUCAUUACAGCGAAGCAGAUCCCAAAGGCUCAGAUUGUAUACCACAAUUUCGGGACAUGCAAAUUUGCUUUUCCAAGUAUCCCGAAGUGUACGGAAAGGAUGAAGAGAAAGAUGAUGUCGAUGGUGUCGAGGAGGAGAGGAAAGAGCUGAAGGCGGAUAGUGCUGUCGUUGUCAGCUCAGACGAGGAGGCCGAGGGACUUGACUUAAAGGUUCAGGAGAGCAGGUCUGUUGUUAGCGCCUCUGUAAGGACUGAACCACAAGAGGGAACUACAAAUAAGGACACUUUUGCUGUCAGUGAUGCUAAUGAAGCAGAAGAUCAGUGCAGUUAAUAGGAAAAUGCCAAAAACUAGAUCAUUCAUACCUUAAAAUGCAAAUAACGUCACAUUAUUUACAUAACCACAUGGAGUAGGAGAAAUUGUUAGUGUUUUUGUACAGUUAGGUUCAAGCAGACAGGCCAGAAAUUGUUUAUGCAUUAUAAUUGUAAAAACAGCUUUAAAGCUUCAAAGUCCCAAACUUUACCAGCAUUCGCUAGCACCUCCAAGCAUGCUAUACAAAGGAUGACAGCAUUGCUAGGCUAGUAUUGCUGGUUGGGAUUGCUGGUGCUGUUUGCACUGGGCAUUUAUGUUAUCUUGGAAAAGAUGCUCAACUUGCAUUUCAAUGCUGUAUGGGUUGAUUUUCUCCAGUAAAUAAUCUUUGUAAACAAA